GCAAGCGUUUGAUCCAUUCAACGACGCGAUUUCUAAAUUCGUGAAAAUAGGUUGCAUAAAUGAAAUUGAAAGCGAUAUGAUGGUAUAAGUCAUUUUUAUUGCUCCUGUAGAAUACAAGACGAAGGAGAGACAGUAAUACAUGGGGAUGACAAUCAACUUUGUACCUACUUCACUGAUGCCGCAAUCCAGCAGACAGCAGUCAGGUGAAUGGCGGCAAUCAUUGGCGGCUUUAUUGUGCAUGCUGUUGUGUUUCGUUGUAUUGCUUUCUGUGUGUUGUAUUGGAAUAUAUCUGAUCAAAGAUAAACCUGUUUACGAGGAAUUGGUUGAUUACUUGGACAAAUCGAUUGCAAUCAGUAAAAUUAAUUACAACCAACAACUUGGAUUUUUUGAGCUUGAAGAAAAUGAACUGCAAACACUGGAACAACAUCGAAUGUACAAGACUUUGUUAUGGUCAUUUUUAUUUGCCGAUUUGGGAUGCUACUUUUUCUUGACCAUUUGUAUCCUGAUAUACCUGACUACAGAUACAAAUAGAGGCAAAGCACAUGUUGUUUUCUGGUUAUUUUUUGUGUUAGCAAUAUUGUACUGUGUAACGGAGGUGCACGUAUUAGCAUUCAUGAUUUUCCCAUACGCAUCACUGCUGCCAAGUGUCACCGAAAAUUUGCUGAAUCAUGCCAUACCGUACAACCCUGGUGGACUGGUGCAAAUGGAACAAAGGCUGGGAUGUAUUUUUGAUUUAAAUCUUUACGCCGCUCAAAAGAGGAAGCAGAAUCCAUCGAAUACUUGUGAUCCAUACAUUUCGUCAGCUUUCAUAGGAAAAGGUACACUUUGGACACUUUUGGCUUUACGUUUGAUCCCAGUGGUCAUAUUUGUAGUACUGAUUAGCAGAAAGGUGACAUUGAGUGAGACAGUGGCAUCAGUAGCAGAACGACUCCGAGCAUCAAUAAGAUCUGACGAUAUAAGAAGCAAGAAAGUAAAUUAUAAACAAGAUUUUUCGAAUGGUAAAACGACAGUAAUUGGUGUCCCAUCAACAACAAGCACUCGGCCUAACGUUGCAUUACCACAACCAGCCCUAUUAUUACCUGCCGAUAGCGAUCACAGCACAAGCUAUAACAAUGCCGCAUUCUUUGCAACGUCGGGCGCACCUGGCCUAAGUGGCUUAAGUAGCUCAAGAAGUAGCGAAAUAUCAAGGAGUGAUGCUAUCGAUUUGUACAGGCCACCGGUGCAAACAAGUAGUAGUAUAAUGUCAGAAGUUUAACUCUAAGCAUCGAGAAUCCCCAAAAUGAAAUUGUUAAUGUCAAGGGACACAUGAGAUAACAAC